AUGAUGACAGCAUCCGAGCCAAGAGCCGUAGUUGUGACGCAAGCCGAUCCCAUUCCUUUGGUUCCACAAGCUUUCCUUUCCUCACUGAGAGAUGAUCCAGUCCCCCAUAUGACUGAUCACCAACCUUCGCAAACCGAGGAGGGGGUGAUACCGAUCAUGCGAAGGAUUCCGCUUCCAUCACAGAGUCGGUUCGGAGGGAGAGCGCUACGAGGAAGUGGAAGGCCUUUACUAAUCCUUCUGUUGACGAGGCCUAGGGGGCUUUGGUUCGGACCCUUAUUGUUUGAACUAAGAACCAAUGCAGUUAAGUCGGAUGAGAAACGUAACAAUUAA